AUGGCUCGAAGUCUCUUUUUGCCUUUGAGUGGACUUUCCUGCUUAAUUUUCUUUCUGAAUAUUCCUAACGCAUCAUUUCAAGAUGUGAAUGAAUGCCUGGAUACCCAGGCUUGCCCUUCAAAAGCCACCUGCACUGGUACUGUGGGAAGCUACUUCUGCACCUGUAAAUCUGGAUAUGAAUCAAGCAAUGGGAAGAGACAUUUUAAUGAUCCUGGAGUGACAUGCAUAGAUAAGAAUGAAUGCCUGAACAGCACAGCGUGCCCACUGACAGCCACGUGUAAGAACACCCGGGGAAGCUACUUAUGUAUCUGCAAUCCUGGGUUUGAGACACCUGAUCGGAGAGCUCAAUUUACUGGCUCCAGAGGAACUUGCAUAGAUAAGAAUGAAUGCCUGAACCCCGCACUGUGUUCACCGACAGCCCGGUGUAAGAACACCCGGGGAAGCUACUUAUGUGUCUGCAAUCCUGGGUUUGAGACACCGGAUGGGGGAACUCAAUUUACUGACUCCGGAGGAACUUGCAUAAGAAUCAACCCUAGGUCCCCUAUCCCAACCCAAGUUACAUUUUCGGAAGACUAUAAACAACAGGGCACCACCAAGGACCCAAAUACCUCUGUUUCCAUGGUGACCAAAGGAGUACCAGAAGAUAACACACUUGUGUUACAGGAAAUAGCCGAUUUUUUUGGCAACUUCAGCAACAUCACCACCAAGCCAUCUCAGGAACAUAAAGAAGAAACCGCCCGUUUUGCGACACAGUAUCUUGACAGAGUGCAGUCGGCAGCCUAUGAAGCUGCCCUCAAUCGACCCACAGGAGGAACGCUGAGGAGAGAGUCACAAUUUAUGGUUAUUGAAGCACUGACCAUCAAGAAUGGUUGCAAAACAGAAAAUGAGAUAGUUAAAUUACAGAUUGAAAAGGAGACAAUGGACAUCGAUUGCACUGUUGUCACUGGAGGAGGAACUGGAGGUGCUGUGGUCUUUAUUUCUUACAAGUCUUUUGGGUCCAUCUUAGACGGCUCCUUUGUGUCUAAGGAAAACCUAACUCUUGAUGAAAAGCUGGAUCACUUUCAACUGAAUUCCAAGGUGAUAAGUGGUACCACAGGAUGCAAGAAGAAUUGCUCCCUGGCCAAACCCGUGAACUUCACGUUUCACCAUAUACAGAUGAUAGGGGAAAGCAAAAAGUCUCUUUGUGUCUACUGGGAUGAGCUGGUCUGGUCUAAUGAAGGGUGCCACGUGACCUUUUCUGACGGAGCUCAAACUGUAUGCAGCUGCAGCCAUCUGUCCACCUUUGCCGUCCUCAUGGCCUCGGUUGAGCUGAAGGAGGAUCCCGUGCUGACCAUGAUCACCUACGUGGGGCUGAGCCUCUCUCUGCUCUGCCUCUUCCUGGCGGCCCUCACCUUCCUCCUGUGUCGAUCCAUCCAGAACACCAGCACCUCCCUCCACCUGCAGCUCUCCAUCUGCCUCUUCCUGGCCUACCUCCUCUUCCUCACAGGCAUCAAACGGACAGAGCCCAAGGUGCUGUGCAAGGUCGUCGCCGGCGCACUGCAUUACCUCUACUUGGCCGCCUUCACCUGGAUGUUCCUCGAAGGGCUGCACCUCUUCCUCACUGUCAGGAACCUCAGGGUGGCCAACUACACCAGCGCAGGCAGAUUCAAGAGGAGCUUCAUGCACCCUGUAGGCUACGGGGUCCCAGCUCUGAUUGUGACUGUGUCUGCAGCCAUCAACCCCCAAGGAUAUGGCACCACUAAGCAUUGCUGGAUCAACCUAGAGAAAGGAUUCAUCUUGAGUUUCUUAGGACCCAUAUCAGCAGUCAUCUUGAUAAACUUAAUCUUUUAUUCGAUAACCCUGUGGAUUUUGAGGGACCGACUCUCUUCCCUCAAUAAAGAUGUGUCCAAGAUACAAAACACAAGGAUGCUGACGUUUAAAGCCAUUGCUCAGCUCUUCCUCUUGGGCUGUUCCUGGUGCCUUGGCUUCUUUCUCGCUGAACUGAUAAAGGAACCCCUCAGAUCCAUCCUCGCCUAUGCUUUCACCAUCACCAAUGUCCUGCAGGGAGUCUACAUCUUCCUGGUCCACUGCCUCCUCAACCAGCAGGUGAGAGAGGAGUAUGUAAAGUGGCUUAGAAGUAUGAGUAAAAAGACAGAGUCUGACAGCUACAUCCUUUCCAGCUCUACCAUCCAAACCCACGUGACCACAUUUGGAGCUGUGUUCACUGUGGCGGUGGCCACUGUUUUGGCCAAAAUUGCGACUGUGAUCCAGGCAUUCAAGUCCAGGAAACCAGGAAGAACCAUGAGGCGAUUGCUGAUGGACACUCACUCUGAGCCCAAGGAGCUCCUCAUCAUGUCCAACAAGGGCUUGGUCACUGCCUUCUACUGUGUCCUGGGCUACCUGGGCUCCUUAGCCCUGGGGACCUUGUCCUUGGCUUUCCUGGCCAGGAACCUGCCUGACACCUUCAGUGAAGCCAAGUUCCCGACCUUCCGCAUGCUGGUGCUCCUCAGUGUCUGGGACACCUUCCUCCCCGUGUCUGCCACAGCACCAAGGGCAAGGUCAUGA